UGUCAGUAAUGUUAGGUGCUUGUAUUAGCAUAUACUAUGUAUCAAGAUAGCUUCAAACUAGACAACAAACUCUACCCACAUAAUCUCUGUGAUCUAAUGAUUAUAUCAUAACUUCAUUAAUAUUAGCCUCGCAUUAUCGACCAGUAUAGAGUUCUUGUUACAAAACUCGCCUAUCAACUUGACUCUUCGUCACUUCUGUCCCUGUUGCCCACCUAAACACCAUAUAUUUCGGGAGCAUUUAACUAUAAAGUCAUCAUUUCUAAGAGUGACCAUAUUGAGAUAAUCUGCUCUGCCGUCCCGCGUUUGGUACCCAAUAAAUCUCGGUCGAUGGAUUCUGAAGGCAAUAUUGGAUUCUCCGAGGGAGGGUUCAGCGAAUUCCCCAGGGGACUACCAGAAAACUGUGUGGAAUAUCUAUUAUUCGUUAUUGACAGUAAACUUGAAUCACGCGACGUUCUCUCAGAGCUUGAAAAUAUUCGAAAAGCAGCUAUGCAGCUCUACGAUAGUAUUGCUAAAGAAUACAUAUGGCAACGAGAUUCCUUUCAACUACGUAUCGAAAGAGAUCAGGAUCUGGUCUACCUGCAUGGGACCACAGACUACGGAGACUCGGUCGAGGAUGAAUGGCUCAUUGUCUACCUACUUCGAGAACUGACUAAAUCUUUUCCUAAUCUUUGGGUUAGAAUCUUCGACGACGAUGGCGAAUUUCUACUUGUCGAGGCAGCCAACGUCUUACCAAAAUGGUUAAGCCCGGAGAUAGAUAGCAAUCGAUCAUGGAUCCACGGUGGAAGCCUUCAACUACUUCCCCUAGCUGCAAGUUCGGGAGUGAAGCGACCGUUAUCCUUAACCGAAGCCGUUCGAUAUAUCAAGUCGAAUUCUAACUCCCUGGUGCAUUCCGCAUUAGUCGAAGCCGAAGCUUUCUACAGGUUAGAGAAGUACCCUGGGCAAAUCACAGAUUCGAUACACCGUUCGCUAGUUACUAUACCUAGAAAGCUUGCUUAUUUAUUGCACGAAAAGCCUUCGACGAUUGCCCCUGCUAUCGAGGCGUUUUACCUUCGAGACCCAGUCACAAUGAAGCCUCUCACGUCACCUUCUGCGAAAAUACAUUUCCCACCCGAGGACCUUGUGACCGUCAGUAUCAAAUUCACAAAGAUACUUUUCGCACAGCUCAAGUCUCAGCGUUUCUCGCCCCCUCCGAUAUGGAGCGCUGCAUUUGAGGCUGCUGAAAAGCGUAUUUCUAACGCAAAUGAUACUCAAAAGAAUAUAGCGAGCUUAGAGAUGGGCAUGAAGGUAACAAGCGGCUUCGAGAUGCUUGCUACUAAUGCAGACACGAAAGAUAAUCGUCUUGCGCGUGAAUUUGCUAUGCUACUCGAAGAUGUUGAAGAAGACGGGGCCCAGGCACUCCCGACUAACAAAGACAUCGAAACUUGGGAAGAUGUGCACAGAGAGGAUGACGAAUCUUGGCUAGACAUCAACUUUGAAGACUUCGAAGAUGAGUUGCAAGGAAACCGUGGCCCCCGAAGCCGACCGAAGGGCGAAUUUGGCGAUCCUUCGGCGCAGGCAGAUUUAAAAAAGAUCGUAUCCCGUUUUGAAGCUUUCCUGAACGACGAAAGUGCCGGCGUAGAAGGUGCCGAAUUGGAAGAUAUGGACGAAGAUGAUGAUAUGUCGGAUGAGGAGGAAGAUAGUGACGAUGAGGAUAAGGAAGUCAGUUUUGAAGAAGAGCGGUUUUCGAAGAUGAUGAGGGAGAUGAUGGGAUUGCCUGCUGUGGAGCCUACGAAUUCGGAGAAAGUGUCCGGGACCUCAACAUCCGUUGCUACACACAGUACUACUAUCGAAGAAGACGAGGAUGAUGCAAUAAAGCAGUUGGCUGCUCAGAUGGAAGCCGAAUUAAAAGAGUAUGGCGCAUUAAAACUUGAUCCUCAGGCCGGAAACCUGAAAGCAAUAAAAGCAAAAGGUGGAGAUGAUUCUAAGGGGAAAGGAAAAGCUACUCUAGAACAAAAAGUCGACAACGAAGAAGAGAGUAGUGAGGACGAAGUUGAUGUUGACUAUAACCUCGCCAAGAAUUUGCUAGAAAGCUUCAAGAGCCAAGCUGGAAUGGCAGGUCCUGCAGGUAACAUUCUUGGUAUGAUGGGAUUACAGCUUCCCCGGGAUGAGGAUGAAGAGGAGGAUUGAUUAGUGUAAUUUUAUCUUUUCCAAUCUGAUCUGUAGGUUGAUGAGGUUAGUGAACCAAGAUGAAAAGGGGUCCGGUUUGAUACAUAGUAAAUUUGGUGUUAGGUACAAAUGUUAUAGGCCAGCGGGUUAUAGGUGUAUGUAAUCCGUAUGUAACUUUGUAUGUAUAUUAGUGAGGCCCCACUAUAUAAAGCUCCUGAGCCACACCGGUUUGGGCCAUCAAACCC